GAGAGAGGGUUAGAUACUGCAGGAAAGGUGCACACUGCGUCCUCCUCUCUGACCCUAUGGGACGCGUCCCGCCCUGCCCCGAGGAUCAUGGGAAGUUGGAAGGAGCUUUAGAUUGAAAAGAGAAGUUCAGAGACAUGAAUAUGAGGAGGUUUUUCCAAGCACACAGGAACGAGGACUACAGUCAGAUCCAGUACCUGACUGCCAAGUGCAACCGGCUGGCUCUUGAUAAAGGAGUCAUCGACAGAGAGUUCCUGGUGUCCAGGGACAGAGAGAGGAAGCUGCAGAAUGAUCUGGAAGCUGCGACCGCCCGACUCUUCCAACAGGAGCAGCUGAACAUGGAGCUCAGGAUGAAACAGGACCAGCUCGUCAGCCGGAUCCACCAGCAGCAGGACCAUGUGGACUUGCUGCAGCAGCGGCUGGUCCUGCUGGCAGAGGAGAGCUCCCAGGACAUGGAGCUGCUACGUCAGGUCGGCACAGAUCUGCUGUGUCUGCAGACCUCCGAGGUGAAGCUGGAAGGCCUCGUGGAGGAGCUGCAGGCUGAGGCCCAGCACAGAGCCAUGGUCGUUGAUAGCCUCCAGACAGAGCUGAGCGUCGAGGCCCAGCACAGAGCUGUGCUGACAGAGAGUCUGCAGGCAGAGCUGCACAGUAAAACAGAGGAGCUGGAGGAGCUACAAAACAUCAACAGAACUCUGACCGCUGAGCUGCAGGAUUUACGCACCGCUCACCGAACGCAGGUGAGGGAGCUGCAGCAGGAGAACGAGAGGAGUCUGGGGAAACUACAGGAGACAGCGCAGCAGUGUGAGUGGCUCUGUCAGCAGCAGCGCUACUGGAUGUGCUGUGUCAAGAGAUUCAAAGCCUGCCUGAUGGAGGAGAGGAAAGCUCUGCUGCGACAGGUCAGCACGCUGGAGAAGAAGGCUGAGAGACUGAAGAAACACUCACAUGAUGAAGAUCCCACACGGAGUGACCCUGGUUCCCCUCAGGACACUGAAUGCAGAGACAGUAUAUCAUGGGAAGGAGACGCAGAGGCUGACCUGGAGUCUCAGGUGGAGAAACCAAACUUGCUGUAUGAGGAGCUCUUCAAUCAGGCGGGGAGCCCUAUCAACGGACACCAGAAACCUCCUUGAGGACAGAAGCCUGGAGCCUGGACUCGUCUUCCCUUUCUCUUCCCACCUUCUGCAGUCCAGAAUAUGACUACUAGAUGUUUGUGUGAGCGGUUAGCUUUGUGGAAUACUUCCCAGUCAUUGUCAAACAAAACUUGAAAUAACACAACCUGUGAAACCAAACAUUGAAAGUUUUUGUUCCACCAUUGUUCAGCUGUCUGUAAAAGAAUCUGCUUCAUGAUAAAUGACUGAAUCAAAAACAG